AUGAGUGCUUUGCUUAGGGAAGAAGACCUGAACGAUUUUAUUACACCUGAAGUAGCAUGCAUUAAGCCUGUCUCAUCGAAACCUAGUAAUGGAGUAGAUGGUGAACUAAGUGUUGGGAAAGAACCUGAAAAGGUUGAAAUAAGUUUAGCUGAUUGUCUGGCGUGUGUAGGUUGUAUUACUUCAAGUGAAGAAAUAUUGUUAAGUCGACAAAAUCAAGAUGUGUUUGUGAAAGAAUGGAAUGAAAAGAAAACUGAAGGUUAUAUAUUAAGUGUUAGUAUAGCACCACAAUGUAGAGUGUCAUUAAGUCAAUAUUUUGGGAUGGGAGUAUUGAAGUUUGAUCAAAUGUUUAUCAGGUAUUUACAAGAAGUAUGGGGGGCUCGAUAUGUAGUUGGAAUUCAAGAAGGUCGUGAAGAAAGCAUUAAAUUAAUGAAUGAAGUUGCUGAUAAAGGUGAAAGGAAGAUUUGUAGUGCAUGUCCUGGAUUUUUGAUGUACUGUGAAAAAAAACAACAGGACUUGUUGCCGUUGUUGAUCGAUGUUAAAUCGCCAAUGGAGAUAACCGGUCACCUUUUAAAAGAUGGGAACAAAGAAAAGAUGUAUCAUCUUAGUAUCAUGCCAUGCUUUGAUAAAAAAUUAGAAUCAAUGAGACCUGAAAGUAUUGGAUUAGUAGACUGUGUUAUUACCCCUAAGGAAUUAGUCAAUUUAAUAACACCAGAACAAGUUGAUAAAUAUUUUGCGACAACCAAAGAGACAAUUGGUAUGCUAGAAUGGGAAGAUGCUAUUCAAAGAGUAACGCCGAAAUGGAUGAACAUUGAUACAUCUUUUAAAACUAAUGAAGGUAGUUCAUCUGGCGGGUUUGCAUGGCAAUAUAUAUUGCAUAGGAGAUUUCAGAUGAGUGAUAAUGAUAAUGAUAAUGCAUAUAAAAUUGAAACUGUUCGUGGGCGUAAUUUGGAUGUGACUGAAUUCCGAUUGAUUGAUGAAGAGGGUAAAAUAUUAGUUAGAUCUACCCAAGUGUUUGGAUUCCGUAAUAUACAAAAUUUGAGACGAUUAGUAAAAGAUGUGAAGCCACGGAAAUUAAAAAGGUUCAUUCGCAAGAGACCAACUGCCAAUGGUAAUGACAACUCUAUAUCUUUAUCAUCCUCUAUUAAUAAUCAAGAUAACAAUAACACUAAGGUGGAGGAACCAGUUGAUUUUUGUAAAAGUGAUUUCCUUGAAGUAAUGGCAUGUCCUAGAGGGUGUAUUGCUGGAGGAGGGAAUUUGAAAAACGGUAUUAAAAAUGGACCAGAUCAAGAUUCCGAUCCAAACCAAGAUCUAAACACAGUGUACAUGACAAGCAUACCGAUGACGUCAAUUGAACCUAGACACAAUCUUACCCUGCCAUCUUCUCAAGAAAACGUAAUAGUUGGUGUUAUUUCACACGAUCUUGAUGAUAGUAAUACCAUAAUCAAACUUCAAGAGGAACAAAAAUAUGGAAAUAAAUAUAAACGUAAGCUCUACAAUCCAUCAUCAAUAUCUGAAACUCACAAUGGUGACAGCAAGAACACAAUCGAACAACCUGUCCAAUUCACCACUUGGUGA